AUGUCGCUGUGUCUGCCGCGCUGGUCCGUCGUACCGGGCCGGGAGGCUGUCACGGCGUCGUACGGCACCUCCCAGAGGCGCUGCACAUUGCUAGCCUAUUGCUCCCACUCGCCGCCGCCGCCGCCGCCGCCGCUGCCGGGCCGCGAUCACCGCUCCGUUCACCACCCGCCGCGCCGCGCCGCACUACGCCGCACCACUCCGUCAUCGCCGCCGCCCGGAACGCCACUCCUGCGCCACACCACGCCGCACCGCGCCCGUCGCUCGCGCCCAGCACCCCGGCCGGCCAACAGUCCUCCCAAGUUUACCGAACCGCCCGACCGACAGCCGAAGUUUACCGAAGGCCUGUCUGUCUGUGACAGUAAUGCAGUCGGUCCCAGCGGCGGCCGGGACGCUCCGCGAACCAUCCCCGCCCGGUGGUGGACGCUCCACGGACCCUCCCCGCCCGGUGGACGCUCCACGGACCCUCCCCGCCCGGUGGUGGACGCUCCGCGGACCCUCCCCGCCUGGUGGACGCUCCGCGGACCCUCCCCGCCUGGUGGACGCUCCGCGGACCCUCCCCGCCUGGUGGACGCUCCGCGGACCCUCCCCGCCUGGUGGACGCUCCGCGGACCCUCCCCGCCUGGUGGACGCUCCGCGGACCCUCCCCGCCUGGUGGACGCUCCGCGGACCCUCCCCGCCUGGUGGACGCUCCGCGGACCCUCCCCGCCUGGUGGACGCUCCGCGGACCCUCCCCGCCUGGUGGACGCUCCGCGGACCCUCCCCGCCCGGUGGUGGACGCUCCGCGGACCCUCCCCGCCUGGUGGACGCUCCGCGGACCCUCCCCGCCUGGUGGACGCUCCGCGGACCCUCCCCGCCUGGUGGACGCUCCGCGGACCCUCCCCGCCCGGUGGUGGACGCUCUGCCGGCCCUCCCCGCCCGGUGGUGGACGCUCCACCGGCCCUCCCCGCCCGGGUCGCUCCGCCGGCCCUCCCCGCCCGGUGGUGGACACUCAGCGGACCCUCCCCGCCCGGCCGGCACUCCGCGGACCCUCCCCGCCCGGUGGACGCUCCACCGGCCCUCCCCGCCCGGGUCGCUCCGCCGGCCCUCCCCGCCCGGCCGGCACUCCGCGGACCCUCCCCGCUCGGUCGGCGAUCUGGUGACCCGAUCUGGCCGCCCGCUGUGUGGUCCUCCUUCAUGGUCCGCUCGUGA